AUGAACUUUGAUGCUAUCAUUGCUGGCAUGUAUGCUCUGUCUACUAGUGUUGAGGGUGACUGUUACUUGUGUGCGCCGUAUGACCCUGGUAUAGAGGCUGCUGCUCUAGGUGCUAGUGAGUCUGCUCUCUCUGGUACUGCACCUGCUGAGGCCUUGCACACCUUCACGCUUGACUCAUCGUGUGGCGAUCUGUACGUGCUCUCGGACUGGCCGUCACCUGGUCACGUUUACUCGUCGGCUGGGGUCGAGUGUGUACACACUGACUACUGCGCCGCCUCAGGUCGCUGCGUCCGCUCAGGUGUCCCCAUCAGCAAGGGUGAGGUCCCUACUGUUUUGAUCCCUUGGAUCCGCGCUGUCCGUCUCCAGCUCCGCGAGCGGUUCCACACGGACCUUCCUGUCCUGCGUCUGCACUCUGACAGAGGUAGUGAGUUCUCCUCCGACCUCUUGAGGUCCUUUUGUGAGGAGGAGGGCAUUCACCAGUCGUUCACCCUUCCAGCCUCCUUGCAGCAGAAUGGGAUUGCUGAGCGCCACAUUGGCUUAGUCAUGGAGGUCGCUCGUACCUCCAUAAUCUAUUCGGCUACUCCCCAUUUUCUGUGGCCGUUUGCGGUCCGUUACGUGGCGCAUCAGCUCAACCUCUGGCUUCGUGUCUCCUUGCCGGAGACCUCGCCUACACUUCGUUGGACGGGGAAGGUUGGCGAUGCGUCCGCGUUCCGGGUCUGGGGUUCCUGUGCCUUUGUCUGCAAUUCCACCGCGGGCAAGCUCUCCUCUCGCGCCAUUCCCUGCAUCUUCCUUGGCUUUCCCCCUGAUGCGCCUGGUUGGCAGUUUUACCACCCCACCUCGCGUCGUGUCUUCCCCUCUCAGGACGUCACGUUUGACGAGUCGGUUCCCUUUUACCGUCUCUUCUUCUACCGCACUGCCUCUCUCCCCCCCCCUGCUGCUCUUCCUUGCUCCAGGUCCCCCUCCGUUGUGCACGUCGAGGUCACUGGUGACUCAGGUGCUGCUGGGGGUGGUGCUGCUCGGGGUGCUGAGCCUGGGGGUGCUGAGUCUGGGGGUGCUGCGUCUGGGGGUGCUAAGCUUGGGGGUUCUGAGCUUGGGGGUGCUGAGCAUGGGGGUGCUGAGCUUGGGGGUACUGAGCUUAGGGGUGUUGCUUUUGGGGGUGCUGAGCCUAGGGGUGCUGAGCCUGGGGGUGCUGAGCCUGGGGGUACUGAGCCUGGGGGUGCUGAGCCUGGGGGUGCUGCUCCUAGGGGUUCUGAGCCUGGUGGAGUUGGGUCUACUGGUAGUCUUCCGAGUGCCUCGCCUUAG